AUAUAUAUAUAUAUAUAUAUAUACAAGAAAUGUGACCUGGCUAUGAGUGUGUUUAGUUGGGUUCGGAAUCGGAAUCAGAAUGAUUCUCGAUUUCUGUUGAGUGGGUCUGUUGUUGUUGUAAUUAUAAACAUUCUUGGCAAAGAGGGUCAGGUCUCAUCGGCAGCUAAUUUGCUUCAUAAUCUGCAUAAAGAUGGUUUUGGUAUUGAUGUUUAUGCUUAUACUUCCUUGAUAACUGCCUCUGCUAAAAAUGGGAAGUAUAGGGAUGCAUUGAUGGUUUUCAAAAAAAUGGAGGAAGAGGGUUGUAAACCUACAUUGAUUUCAUACAAUGUGAUUUUGAAUGUUCAUGGGAAAAUGGGUAUGUCGUGGAAUAAGAUUAUGGCAGUUUUUGAGGGGAUGAAGAAUUCAGGGGUUGCUCCAGAUGCAUAUACUUAUAAUACUCUAAUAAGUUGUUGUCGCCGAGGGGCAUUGUAUAAAGAAGCUAAUCGGGUGGUCAGAGAGAUGAAGCUAGCGGGUUUUAUGCCUGAUAAAGUAACUUAUAAUGCGCUAUUAGAUGUCUAUGGAAAGUCUCGGAGGCCUAAGGAAGCCAUAGAAGUUGUGCACGAGAUGGAGAUUAUGGGGUUUUUGUUGGGAUAUUUUUUGCCUAGCAUUGUGACUUACAAUUCAUUGAUAUCGGCUUGUGCUAGGGAUGGUUUCUUGGAGGAAGCAAUUGAGUUUAAAACCCAAAUGACGGGGAAAGGGAUUAAGCCAGAUGUAUUUACUUAUACAACUCUCUUAUCAGGGUUUGAGAAGGCUGGGAAGGAUGAGUCUGCAAUGAGGGUUUUUGAGGAGAAGAAGGUGUUUGAAGAGAUCAAGGUAUGCGGAUGUGCCCCAGAUAUUGUUACUUGGAAUACACUUCUGGCAGUAUUUGGGCAGAAUGGAUUGGAUUCCGAAGUGUCGGGAGUGUUCAAGGAAAUGAAGAGAGCGGGAUUUGUAGCUGAGAGGGGCACUUUUAAUACCUUAAUUAGCGCCUACAGCCGGUGUGGAUCUUUUGAGCAAGCCAUGUCUGUUUAUAAAAGAAUGUUGGAUGCAGGGGUCAGUCCUGACCUUUCCACCUAUAAUACUGUCUUGGCAGCACUGGCACGGGGAGAGCUUUGGAAACAGUCUGAGAAAGUACUUUCCGAGAUGAAAGAUGUUCGGUGUAAACCCAAUGAGCUGACGUACAGUUCUUUGCUGCAUGCUUAUGCCAAUGGGAAGUCACUCGAACGGAUGUGUGCUUUUGCAGAAGAGAUAUACUCUGGCGUAAUUGAACCACAUACCGCGCUGUUGAAAACCCUUGUUCUAGUUAAUAGCAAAUGUGACCUUUUAAUGGAAACAGAACGGGCUUUCUUGGAGUUUAGAAGAAAAGGUUCGUCUCUUGACAUGACUACUUUGAAUGCUAUGGUUUCGAUACAUGGACGGAGGCAGAUGGUUACCAGAGCAAGUGAGAUAUUGAACUUCAUGAUUGAGGGUGGGUUUACUCAUAGCUUAACUACUUACAAUAGCUUGAUGUAUAUGUACAGCCGCUCUGCAAAUUUCGGGAAAUCUGAAGAAAUACUGAGGGAUAUUUUGGCAAAAGGAAUCAAGCCUGAUGUAAUUUCAUACAACACUGUAAUUUUUGCUUAUUGCAGAAAUGGUCGGAUGAGAGAUGCCUCACGGGUAUUUGCGGAAAUGAGGGAUUCUGGUCUUAUUCCAGAUGUCAUCACGUAUAAUACCUUUGUUGCAAGUUAUGUUGCUGAUGCAAUGUUUGUGGAGGCCAAUGAUGUGGUUCAAUACAUUAUUAAGCAUGGCUGUAAACCAAAUGAGAGCACGUACAACUCCAUUGUAGAUUCGUAUUAUAAGCACAAUCGGCGGGAUGAGGCAAUAAUGUUUGUUAAUAGCCUUCGGAGGCUUAAUCCACAUGUUUCCAGGGAGGAAGAAUGCAGAUUAUCAGAACGAUUAACAAGGAAAUGAUUAUUGAAGAUCCAAUUCUAUUGGUUCAAUUGCUGCUGAGUUUGUGUACUCCUUGGCUCUGAAACUUGUACAUCCUGUUCGUUUCGUUCACACUUCUUCUGCCUGUUUUAUGUGUCAAUGUGGC